AUGUACCACUUUCCAGACAUUUUGGUUUACUUGUGCUUAUUCGCGAGUGGCUGUUUUUUCGGCUACUACGGCAAAUAUGCCUACGUCUACGACAACCUCUGGACGCAUUGGUAUGCAAUGCUCGGUGGCAUCAUAGCUGUGGCUUUGGCUGGUGGCCUGACAUUGAGGAAAUAUAUGCAACGCCAAUAUAGCUACGAUCACUUCUACGUAAUUUUCUACGGUUUGAUAUGCUUCGUUAUCAGCGCUUGCUUCAUGUUGACAGACAAUUUGGAUAUUUGCUUCUAUUUCGGCUUCAUCGGCAUUGGCACUACGCUUAUCCCCUGCUAUAGUUACAUCAGCAUACGCAGCUCCUCGGGUGGUCUUCGACCUGCGCGCUUGGCUCUCGGUAACACACUUUACUUCGGUGGCUUCACUGUGGGCUUCAGCAUAUUUAACGAAUUCGAAGCUAUUUAUUGUGGUUGGAUUUACAUGGGCAUCACGUUGUGCAUGCUGGCCGGAGUGGUGAUCAACGAGAUACUGCAAUAUUUCGGUUUGUACGAUUACAAAGUGUCCUAUGAUUUGGCGUUGAAUUUGUUGAAUGAGGAAAAAUUAGUGUUCAUGCCGAAUAAGUCGGUUUAUGCGCUCUUUGUGGGCAGGAAUGAUUUCUUUGUGAUGCGCAACCGGCAAUGGUUGGUAGUGGGUUUCGCGGCGAUUUUGGUGCUUGAGCGUGCGCUUAUAUAUUCUUCGUCAUAUCUGCAACUAGCUUGGAGCUCCACUUUUGGCUACAUGGGUACUCAAUAUUUGUAUGGGCCAUGCCUACUCUAUACGCUUGGCUGUGCGGUAGGCUGCAUUUUGAUGGUGCUUUACAAACCCAAACUAGUGUAUCUGAUGUUUGGUGUAAUCAAAAUCACCGCACUCUCUGCGAUAUUGGGUGUUUAUGUCGAUAACUCCACAAAGAACUGCUUCUACUUUUUAUGCUUUUAUUAUAUUUGUAUUGGUGUAUACUCCAGUGUGGCUUUUCAGCUUGUUCUCGAAUGCACGCCAUUGCUUUACACAGAACUGGCUUUAGCGGUGGCCUUCGCAAUCGAGCUGUUUGUAUUGGAGGUCCUAAAGUAUGAGACGAAGGCCGAUGAUGCAUGGCACGAACUACUGGGAAUCGGUAUAUUCAAUAUACUUUUGACUGCAGUAAGCAUAGGGCUGGUACUGAUAUUUAUGCCGCGCUCCCGUGGCCUCAUUGAUAUGCGUAAUAAGCUGAUGGGUAUAAACAGGAAAAAAGCUGUGACAGCGCCGCAAAUUGGCCCGUGGAAUACCCACUUUUUUUUGUACCACGAUCUGCAACCAGAUGAUGUGAAAAGUGUGAAGUUGGAUGGCAACCGAGUGUAUCAGCAGUAUCCCAAGGAGUCAGAGGACAAAGUGGAGUUGCCAAAUGUGUGUGAACGGCUGCCGAGCAUUGGUUCAGCAAAGGGCACAUUUUAUGGAGAAUAG